AUGGCAAGCAGAUCAAGCGAAGGGAAAAAGUUAGCAAAUGUAGACGGUUACAUUCAUGCAGUGUCUGAGGUCAAGAGUUCGCCAUCAGGGGUCCGUUAUUUUGAUUUUAAAGUCCAGGAGAGGGACGAAAAACGGCAAGCUGUAUGCUUUUCUCCUGAAAAGCGUGAUGCAAUCAAAGAAAAGGAAGAAUGCAAAUCACCAGUUCGGUUGUUGAACGUUAGCCCACAGAAACGAAAAUUCGAGCCUGACUCUACAGAAUAUAAGCUGACCAAUCAAUCCAAGAUAAUGGUGACGAAGAACUUGACGUUUCCAUGGGCAGACAUGUCAGAACCCAAUAAACAACUCACAGUGCAGGACAUAUAUGAUACAAUGACAACUGGCGACAUUGUGUCAGUAAAAGCCAAAGUCGUUUGGAAAGGGGAAAUGGAAACUGUGUACUUGCGCAGCAUGAGAAAGGAGCUUACAAAAUGCGAGAUAGUGUUAGCUGAUUCCACUGGAGCAAUUAUAGCCACCAUUUGGGAGGAUACGAUUCCUCAUGUUUGUGACCAAAAGUCAUACGUGUGGUCCAACCUGAAGGUCGGCUUCUAUAAAAGAAAAUGCUUGAAUGGGACAAAAGAUUGUACGGUCACGAUAUGCGAAGAUGUAAGCUUGUCCGUCGAAAGUUCAGCGGCCUCGGAACAGCUAAAACCAAAGAAGAAAGAAACACAAGAUGUUACUGGCCGAAUAGUGGCAGUUGACGUCAACAAGUUUUUUCUUUGCAUGAACUGCAAAAAUCGACUUGCAUCCGCCGACGACAGCGACGCCGAUGGUGAAUUUAUCGAUUGUUCACCAUGCAAACUAAGAAUGCUGAAAGAGAACUUGGAUUCGACUGUUUCCGGGAGUGUUAUCAUUGUUGAUGAAAGUGGUGAAAAUUUGGGUCGGUUUUAUUGCCAAGAGAAUGUGCUGAACGUGAUGUUCCAAUCGGUCGCAGAAACGGAAAAUUACAAUAUUUCUGAGUCAAAUGUCGCCCAGCUGUCACGCAACAUGAUUACGGACACGCUUCUUUUAAUCAAGAAAGUUUCGUUCAAGAUAUUAUCAACGGACAAGUUGGUUGUGGAAAUGAAAGUAGUUGGCCAGUAA